AUGCCGUUGCGGCCUUCCACCACGUCUGGCGGUCGGACUCUUGGCGGGUUGGUCUCCGCCUUUGGUCCCGCCCUUCACGGCUAUCACAGGGGGGCUCCCGCGUUUUAUCCGGAGCCGGUUGACGUUUGGUUGGCGGCGUUGUCGGACGCCGUGCCUUUCUAUCAGCGAUGCAUGGUGGUGUACCCUUCGACGAUGUCGAAGGAACGCGCGAAGUCGUUGCUGGGGCGUGCCCGGGAACACCUGCCGACGGCGCAUCUUGCACCCCUGCGGAGACGCGUCUGGAGUGGCUCCCAGCCCGCCGAAUCGGCGGCGUCGCCACGUGAGAAGGGCACGACGACCACGGCGGUGACAUCUAAGGUGCUGCCCGCACUGGCGUCGCCGCUAGAGAACAUGCCGCCGCAGUCCCUUGACCUUGUGGUGUUUGCGGCAAACGUGUUUGGGGAGGAGAUGCUGCACGACGCGCCGUGGCAUAUUUCGCUUGCCCACCGCUGUCUAGCCCCCCACGGGGUUGUGGCGGUCAUGGGCUACGCGACUCGCGUUGCCGUGGUGGCGCCAGAACCGGCGCGAAGGGACGCGGAGGACUUCAUGGAGGAUCUGCAACGCACAGCUCGCGAAGCGGCGCAGCAGACGGAGUUGCAGGAGCAUGGCGCGGCGCUGGAGCGGGCGCUUGACACUAGCAGCAGCCUGGAUGUGGGACACGCCGACAUGUAUUUUCCCUUCCGAUCCACGAAGCGGCGGUGGUUUACCUCCGAGUACGCUGCGACGCCCGCACAGCUCGCCGCGGCGUACCGGGCCCUGCCAGAGUACCAGCUACUCUCCGGCAAAACACCCCGGUUCCGCCACAUGCCGAGAAUUGGAAGCCUACCGGCACAGUUGGGGGAAACAGUCGAGCAAGAGGAACCAGUGAACGUCCUUCGGCGUCAUGCCCGCGUGGAGCCCCUUGAAGCCCUGCAGUGGUGCUUGCAGGCACAAGUGACGCCGCCGCCUGGAAAGAAUGCGCCAGUGACGCCUCCGCUGCGGGUUCAAGUGCGGCACUUCAUCAUCACCUGCAGCGCACGUUCGGUAAACGCCGCGUCGGAGCCCUUGCCGCUUCAAUCGUCCGGGAGGAAGAUUCCGCGACUCAAGUAG